AUAAUCUGGCCACACUGCCUGGAGCCCGCUUCAAAUCUCGUUUUGUCGGUAAAUACAGUUUUGUUUGCACUCCAUGGAAUCAUUUCGUAGUUUGGAGUUUGGUUUAGCGAACGCUGCACGCGCCGGUGGACAGGAGUGCAAAGACGAGUGAACUGUUGCCGCCGCAAUACUUUACCCACUACUUUGAACUGUUGCAUUACUUGCCCUUGUACGUGACCAGCGACGUCGAUAUCUGUUCGAUAUUUCAUUGAGCAACGUGCUUGAAGACGCCAACACUCUGCUCGCGGUAUAAUUGAACGCAAAUAGUUUUUAUCGUAUUAAUCAAUCCCAUCGAAAAUGCCUACCUGGACGCAGAUGCAAGGACAGCUACGCAAUCCCAACAAUCCGGUAGUGUUUAUGGAUAUUACGGUCGGAACAGCGGAAAUUGGCCGCAUGGUGUUUGAACUGUACGCGGACGUGGUGCCCAAAACGUGCGAAAACUUCCGGCAGUUCUGUACCGGGGAGUACAAAAAGGAUGGCGUCCCGAUCGGGUACAAGGGUUCGAGCUUCCACCGAGUCAUCAAAGACUUUAUGAUACAGGGAGGAGAUUUCGUGAAUGGCGAUGGAACGGGCGUUAUGAGCAUUUACGGCACUCCCACCUUCCCGGACGAACAUUUUCUGCUGAAGCACGACGCACCCGGGCUGCUUUCGAUGGCCAACAGUGGGAAGGACACGAACGGAUGCCAGUUUUUCAUCACCUGCUCAAAGUGUAACUUCCUGGACUACAAGCACGUCGUGUUUGGGCGCGUGCUGGAUGGACUGCUGAUUAUGCGGAAGAUUGAGAACGUUCCGACGGGACCGAACAACAAGCCGAAGUUGCCGGUAGUCAUAUCGCAGUGCGGACAGCUGUAACAGGAAUUCCUGCAAACUGAACAUCCCUGCGAAGUGUGCUGUAUAAAAGUGUAAUAAACCCAACGAGGCGCUGCCAGAAUCGUCGGACAUAAAAACGAAAA